CUCACAUACCUGCCAAAUGAUCUAAAGUUGUGGAAUGAAAGAAAAAUUGAACAUCUACAGCGUGUGAAAAAUCAGCUGAGAGAAGAGAACAUGAAUCUAAAUAAAGAUAAAGAAAAUGAGAGGCUGAAAAAUGAAAUACUUAAAAAAAUCCCACCUCUCCUUCUGGCUACAGAGCACUUACUCCAGGAGCCCGUGAAAUCAAAUGCAGAUGCCCCUGACAUGUUCAUGAUGUCAAAGACUCCAUCUCAUGUUCCCCUCUCACAUACUCCUAAACCUGUGGAAUCAAAUGCAGAUGUCCUUGAUGUGCCGAAGGCUCCAUCCAAUGCUUCUCUGUCUGCUAAAUGUUCCAGUGAUGCUAACUAUGUGGAGUUAGCACAUGCCACGGGCAUAAAAAUCCUAAAGCAUCAAUGGACUUCUGCCCUGCAGGCCCAAACAGCCACUUCAAUGGUGCGUGUUCUUUUAAUGGCCACCUUCCCACUAGAAGUUCUGAUCCACAGCAAUUUGAAAGGGGGAAAGAGUAAAACUGACGGUAGUGCAGAGAGAAGACAUGCCCUUGACAAGGAAACCAUGGGAGCCAUAUUUGUGGCAGUCAAGAAGAGGUUUCCCAAUGUGUCCAGAGGAGCUUUGGGUAUUGCAGUGAAUUCCAAGCUGGGGGAACUGAGACUGCUUAAAAAAAAAGGAGCUAAUUUUGUUAUUGUUUUUUUGUUGUUGUUUUUUAAUUUAUAGCAUGUUCCUUACUUGAUUUUUAUUCAGGUGUGUUAUAUGUUCACAUUUUAGACAGAAAAUAAAGAUUUUAUUCAAAUGUUA